AUGUCUGAUUCAACUGACUCACCAGCUGUUCUUUCAGCUGAAGAAAAAAGAAGAUUACUUCGUGAAAGAAGACAAGCAAAGAUGGCUAAAGGUCAAGCAACUGAUAGAUUGAACAAUAUUCUUUCUCAAGGUUCAUCAGUUAAAACCACCGGAGUUAAAUCAGUUCUAGAUGAACCUCAACCAACCGCUACUUCUUCAGCCAUCCAUGAUGAAGAUCCAGAUAUUCAAGAUAUUUCUGAAAUUGCUAGUCCACCACCACCAACUCCACCAAUUGGUGAAGGAUCUCCUGAAAAUAUUGAUGAUAUUUUCCAAAAAAUGCUUCAACAACAAGUUCAAGGUAAAGAUGGAAAAGUGGAUCCAAAUGAUCCAAUUGUUCAAAUUAUGAAUAUGUUCAAAGAUGGAUCAGGUGCUGAUGGUCCACAAGAAGGAGAUGUAAAUGCAAAUGAAUUUAGUAAUGAUCCUGUGGAGAAUAAAUAUCAACAAGAUUUACAAGCUUAUGAUACUUAUCAACAGAAAUUAUGGAAGUCAAGAUUUUUAGUCAUCAGAGUAGUAGUAACUUUGUUUAAUUUUUUCUAUCAUUAUUUGAAUGUUCCAAGUUUCCAUGCAUCAAAUUAUUCUUAUGUUAGAGACUUGGCCCAAGAUGAAUUCCCAGUUAGAAAUUUCUUCACUUGGUUUGCUGCUUUUGAAGUCAUUAUAGUUUUACAAUAUUAUACUGUUUUCCAUAAACUUGGUUUAUUCCAUGCUGCUAAUCAAAACAGUAUGAUUAUGAAAUUAAUGUCGAUGGGAUCAAUGGUGUUACCACAAUUGAACACUUAUCAACCAUUGGUUGCUAGAUUUUUAGGAUAUUAUGAAUUGUUUGGAAUAAUAUUUGGUGAUUUGUCACUAGUUAUUGUAUUAUUCGGUUUACUUAGUUUUACAAAGUGA